UGGGGUGUGUUUAGUGGCAUGAUUGUAAUUAAAAUUGAAGUUGAAGGUCAAAAAAUAAAGCAGCAAAAUUUCGAUUAUAUGUGUGCACUGAGACCCAUAGCUCUGUUUUUCUCUGCUAAGACAAUGGAGCUUAUUCAUACACCUCCUCCGACCAACAAUGGCGAAAAAAAGUCAAACGCAACAGACCCCAAACAAACCUUCCAAAACCCUAACAAUGGCGAAAACAACGAUACCCACGAAUCCCAAUCCUUCUUUGAAGACUUUGAUAGUGCUUGUUCCACUCCUUACGUUAGUGCACCAUCGAGCCCAGGCCGUGGAGGAGGACACGUUAGUGGGUUCUUUUACAGUUGCCCAGCGAGUCCAAUGCACUUCGUUUUAGCUUCUUCAAACUCAGUUUCUUCUUCUUGUUUUAAUUCCGCCAUGGAUGAUAGUGAUACUAGCUCAGUUCCUAUGGGUUACGAGUUCGAGUUCUCAGCUCGGUUCGGUUCAACUGGGUCUGUUCAAACUGGAUCUAUGAGCUCAGCAGAUGAGCUUUUCUUGAACGGUCAGAUCAGACCCAUGAAGCUUUCAACUCACUUAGAAAAACCUCAAGUUUUGGCGCCAUUACUGGAUCUGGAGAACGAGAACGAACAAGAAGAAGAAGAUGAUGAGAUUUCAUUGGAGCCCAUUAGAGGUAGAGAUCUGAGGUCUAAGAAUAAAUCCUUGAGAAGAAGAACCAGAUCCAUGUCUCCAAUGAGAAACUCUCAGUUCGAUUGGUCAGAAGAAGAAGAGAAGAAGAUCUCAACUCCAAACCCUAAUGGGUCUUCUAAUAAGAACAAAAAUGGCGAAGACGACGAAGAAGAAGAAGAAGAAGAAGAAACCCUCUCAUCUGAAACUACAACAGCUUCUUCUUCAAGAUCAUCUUCAGCUGGAAGAAACUCAAAAAGAUGGCUUUUUUUGAAAGAAUUUCUUCGAAGCAAAAGCGAAGGAAGAAGUAAUAACAAGUUUUGGUCAACAAUUUCUUUCUCUCCCAUUAAAGAAAAAAAACCCAUCAAUAAUCCCAUUACUCCUUCUUCUUCUUCUUCGAAAGAUCAGACUAAGAACUCAGAAACCCAGAAAGCAAAAAAAACCAGUAGUCAUCAAUCUGUGAAAAAAACAGUGAUAGGAAAACCGACUAAUGGAGUUGGAAAAAGACGAGUUCCGCCAUCUCCACACGAGCUUCAUUACACAACUAAAAGAGCUCAAGCUGAAGAAAUGAGGAAGAAGACAUACUUGCCUUACAGGCAAGGUUUACUUGGUUGUUUGGGAUUCAGUUCAAAGGGUUAUGGAGCCAUGAAUGGACUCGCUAGAGCUCUCAACCCAGUUUCUUCCAGGUAGUCACAAAAAGACAAAGACAAAGAAACUUAAGCACUGUUAAUGGAGUUUCCAAAAUAACUGUAUAGAAUUUUUUUUUCUUCAUGAACUUUUUUUUUUAUUUUAAUUUGAAGAUCUUCAUGAUAUGAUGGUGAUGAUGAUGAUAGUCUUUUGUGUACUUAUGAUUAUAACUAUUAUUAUUAUUAUUGGGGUUCUUGGUUCACUUUUUUUGUUUAAAAGAGAAGUUGGUCCCAAAAAUGGGGUAUUAUUAUUAUUAUUAGUUAUUAUAUAAAUAUUUUUCCCCAUUUCUUUUGUGGCUUUUUGUAUAAGUGUAUACUAUGUUGUUAGUAGAAGCAAUGAGUUUGUUAUUUAUUUUA